CGCUUUUGAAAAUUUUGAGCCGCUCCGGUGGCCGUAGCUCAGGUGGCGAAGCUCGAGGCGCAAGCGCAGAUCAAAGCUGUUCUUUUGAAGGUGAAAGUCGGCAUCUGUCUUACCUCCCGGUCCAGACAACAACACUCUCUCCCACUUGGCUGUGCGAGAAAGCAACAUGUCUGCUGCCUUGCUGCCCAAGCCACAGAUGAGAGGCCUCUUGGCCAGCCGUCUAAGAAAACACAUUGUAGUGGCAUUUGUCUUUGCUUUGGGAUGUGCAUCUGCAUACAAGUUUGGUGUGGCUGAACCGAGGAAGAGAGCAUACGCAGACUUCUAUAAAAACUAUGAUGCCGUGAAGGAGUUCGAGGCCAUGAGGGAAGCUGGGGUAUUUGAAUCAGUUGGACCCACAAAGUAGACCUCUCUAGAUCCUCCUCCUUUGGAGACCUGAUAACUGAACAUCACUCUUUCAGUGAACUGCACCUGGUUAUCCACUCAAUACUGGUCAUGCUGUAAUGCUGGCUUAUUAAAUGAAGUAAUUAUGUAAAA